UUCAAUAACAGACAGCGAAGAAGAAACCGUUUACCGCUGUUGUCUUUGAAAUGGCGUUGAAGCGUUAUUAUAGUAGUCCGUAUUUCUGAUGGUUGUGCUUGUUUAGGGGAUUUGCUAUAUAAUUUCCCCGGUAAUUUUAUAUCAGAAAUUUGAAAUACACCAUAUUGUUCCUGAAGUUUGCUUCAUAAAAAUGUGCAGACGCUUGUUGUAGUUAUCUUUUGCAGUGCUGAGCUAGGCCGCUUCUAUCCCCGAGCUUGCUUACGGAUUUCAUCAGCUUUAAAGCUCUCGGCCUUGCCGCAACCUGGUUGCUUUGGGCUCCUGGUGGGCGACCAGUGUCAUGCGUGUCAGGAACGAUCAUCUGGCAGGGAUAUGUCAGAAGCUCUACUCAUUUCAGCAUUAUUACCCUUAAUAUAGAGCUACAUUAAAACUCUUAAUGUAGUUUGGACAUUCGAACCUCUGCCUGUUGGAUUGUACACUGACUGAAGUGGGCUCUUACCAGAGACUGCACUGAGAUUGUUUUCAUAGUGACAUUCAGUAUGGCAUCAGUACCAGUAUACUGUUUGUGUCGACUACCAUAUGAUGUGACCCGGUUCAUGAUCGAAUGUGACAUUUGUCAAGACUGGUUCCAUGGGAGCUGUGUUGGAGUGGAGGAGGAUAAAGCAGCAGAGAUUGACCUGUAUCACUGCCCUAACUGUCAGAUCACCCAUGGGCCAUCGAUCAUGCGUAAGCGUCGUGGGGGAAAUAAGCAGGCAGAUGGGGGUGCUGUGGCAGGGAGAGAUCCUACUCGGCCUGCGAAAACAGGCACCCCACAGUUUGUGAGGGAACUUCGGAGCCGCACUUUUCCAAGUGCGGAUGAGGUGUUGCUGAAGCCCACUGGGGCCCAGCUGACGGUGGAGUUCCUUGAAGAGCGUUCCUUUAGUGUUCCUGUCAUGGUGCUCCGGCGAGAUGGCUUGGGCAUGAACUUGCCUCCAUCUUCCUUCGGCGUCAACGACGUAGAGCACUACAUCGGUCCUGACAAAGAGAUAGAUGUGAUUGACGUGUCUCGCCAGUCUGACAUGAAAAUGCGCUUGGAAGAGUUUGUGGAAUAUUACAACAGCCCCAACCGAGACAGAGUGCUCAAUGUGAUCAGCCUGGAGUUCUCAGAGACCAGGCUCUCCAAUUUGGUGGAAACUCCAAAGAUCGUUAGGAAACUGUCCUGGGUUGAAAACCUGUGGCCAGAGGAGUCUGUGUUUGACCGUCCGAACGUACAGAAGUACUGCCUGUGGGGGUGAAGGGACAGCUACACAGACUUUCACAUUGACUUUGGAGGAACUUCGGUCUGGUAUCACGUUCUGAGGGGCGAGAAGAUAUUUUACUUGAUAUCUCCAACUGCAGCCAAUCUGGCCUUGUUUGAACGUUGGAGUUCCUCUUCGAAUCAGAAUGAGAUGUUCUUUGGCGAUCAAGUGGAUAUGUGCUACAAAUGUUCGGUCAAACAAGGCAACACCCUCUUCAUUCCAACAGGGUGGAUUCAUGCGGUUCUCACUCCAGUGGACUGUUUAGCUUUUGGAGGGAACUUUCUUCAUAGUCUCAACAUUGACAUGCAGCUACGGGCAUAUGAGAUAGAAAAGAGGUUGAGCACAGCAGAUCUGUUUAGGUUCCCCAACUUUGAGACCGUGUGCUGGUAUGUUGGCAAGCACCUCCUCGAUACAUUCAGAGGUUUGAGGGAGAACCGCAGGCAUCCUGCCACCUACCUGGUCCACGGAGCAAAGGCACUGAACAAUGCUUUCCGCACCUGGACCCGCAAAGAGGCAAUAGCUGACCACGAAGUGGAAAUUCCAGAGACCAUCAAGACUCAGCAGUUAAUAAAGGACCUAGCUAAAGAGAUCCGCCUUGUCGAGGACAUCUUUCAGCAAAACAUUGGCCGGGCCGCUCCCCAAUUCCCUGGGUCGCCGCUCUCUAAAGGUCCCGCUACCCCUUCCCAAAAUCCCAUCCGCUCUCCAGGAAAAAAGAGAGGGCCCAAAGCAAAGGAUGGGGUAGGGGUUAUGGGCUUGCCGGUAACCAAGAAGAAGAGUCAGAAAAGUCUGAUCAAGGCAGAGGCUGGGGAACUGGAUCUCCUGGAAAUUCACACCAAACACACUCUUAAAAAGUUUAAUCCCGGCAAAUCCAAGAAAAACAAGCUGGAGUUGCCAUUAGAGGAGUUUGAAGGGAAGCUUAAUAAGAGCAAGCUGAAACUUGUACUGACCAAUGGCAAAAUUCAAGGCUCCAAGAAGAAGGGCGGCAGUAACGGAGCUGGAGGUGCAGGGAACUUCCAACAUGUGGCCAUGGAGGGAUCCAGCCUCUCUGACCUGGAGACGGAGGACGAGCUGCAGAUCGACGAGACCCCGCCGCCACGCCGCAAGCCCACAGGGCCCAGCAAGAAGAAGAAACUUAGUGGUCUUCCGAGGAAGCUUCCCCGAGCCAAGCCGUGCUCUGACCCCAACAGGAUCAGGGAGCCUGGGGAGGUGGAUUUUGACAUUGAGGAGGACUACACAACAGAUGAGGAAGCAUUGGCUGCCCAUGGAGUGAAGGGUGGAGCCGGAGGUAUUCUGGACUUACUGAAGGCCAGUAAGCAAGUAGCGGGCCUGGACUCUGCACUCAGUGAGGAAGCUCCAGCCUCUCCAAGCACACGGGAAGCCAUCCAAGGCAUGCUCUCCAUGGCCAACCCUCCGUCCUCCUCCUCUUCAUCCUCCUCCUCCUCGUCCUCGCCCAUGUCCAUCUCAGGAGGCCUGACGGAGGGUCUUGCCGUGGUGAAGGAGAAGGGGCGAAGGGCUGUGUGGGUGUCCGGCGGAAACAAAAAGAAUUCAGGUAGUCCCGAGAAGAAACCCGCCAUCCAGCAGCGUCCUGGGAAGCGGGCGAUCAAGCGUCCGGCGCGGCACCUUAGCGACGAGGAAAGUCCGGACGAGCAGGAGACUCUCGGCACAUGCUUUAAGGACUCUGACUACGUUUACCCUUCGCUAGAGUCUGACGAGGAGGAUCAUGCCAACAAGGCCAAGAUGAAACGGAAGAAAAACUGGGACGAUACACCCUGGAGUCCAAAAGCACGGGUGUUGCCCACCCUCCCGAAACAGGAGAGACCGGCCAGGGAGGGUGCGAGAGUAGCAUCGGUGGAAACCGGUCUUGCAGCAGCGGCCGCUAAACUGGCACACCAGGAGCAACAGAAACCCGCAAAGAGAAAGUACACCAAAAAGCAGCGGCCCCCACCUCCGGCACCGGCCCCGCCCCCUGCCCAACCGGAACCGGCUCCGCCCUCCCCGCCACAGGCUUCCUCCUCUGGACCCGAGUUCAGCCCCGACCGGAGGAUGGACUACUACUCUGCCAGCUUGAUGGAUCACGAGUACACGGCAGGGCCCGGACCCUUCGGCCCGGGGGGCCCUCGGGGCACCGGGGCCAUGGCUCCUGGGGUGUUCCUCACCUCCAGGAGGCCUUCGCUCUCCCCGCAGAACAGCAGCACUUACUCGCCCUCUGGCGCGUCCCCGGCAGGGCCGGCCAGUCAAAGCACUGCUGUAGCAGGACAAGCAGGGAAACGUCCAAGGAAAGGACUUGCAACUGCAAAACAGAGACUUGGAAAAAUUCUGAAAAUUCACCGCAAUGGCAAACUUCUCUUGUAGGCGGUGCUGGUAAUGUGGCCACACAUUUGGUGGGGAAAAUGAAGAAAAAAUUACUUACAAGGACAUACUGCCCGGACAGAAUUCAUUAUAUUUUUAUUAUAGGUUUUUAUGAUCAUCGGUUUUCUCAUCUUCCUCCAUGCUUUUACUCUUCUAUCCACAAAUAUAAUGUUACAAAGACCCACUGAACACACUUUUCACCAGGCAACUUGACGGGUAAACCGCAUCCUCCUAAUGUUGGCAAUAAAGACAUUUUAGAAACUUGAAAUUAAUAUAAUAUUGGAGUUAAAUCUUCAAUGUAUCGUUUUUGAGUUGGGCUAUAAUAGUUUCUGUAUUCAGGCAGCAGAUAUUCAUGUUCUCUCAUCUUUACUUAAAUACUUGGACUUUUACUCUUUCUCGGUUCGUUCAAAAUGUCCUAGCUUUCAGAAAUGUUUUCUUCAGAAGUUCAUAAUGAAUUGCAAGUUUGCCAUAAUAAUGGAAAGUGUCGUGUAAUUAGUUAUACCAUGUACGGUUCAGUAAGAAUUAUGUGAUGAAGAUUUGAAGAGACAUAAUGCUCUGUUGUAGAAAUGUUUCGAGCAUUCUAUUUUAGGCGUGUUUCCUCAGUUUUCCCUGUUCAUGAAUGACACCCUAUUUUACACAUUUUUAUAUCAUGGAUCUGUUUUAUUCCUUUAGAAUUCCUUUGGAAAAUGGCAAUUUGCCCCUCUGCAUAGUCACAAUGCAUUAUUUAAUUGAUCACACGUUAUUAUGCUCAAGUUUGUAUCCGAUCAUGCUGCAAGUUCAGAUUGAUACAAACUCAUUUAAAUAUAGAAUAUUUUCUACAUAGGCAUGUUCUCAAUUUUUUUGUAUGCUUUUCCACUCUUAAGAUGAUCGUAACCUCAGUAAAUUGGUUUAUUAUGCUUUUUAAUGUUUCUUUAAGUCGAUGUAAAUAUUUGUAAUUUACCUAGAUACUGAGUAAGCAGUACGAUGUUAGAACACAGAGUUCUCAUUAGCAUCCCAUCAGUUUAGCAUGAUGGAUUUAGCCGUGUUGGAGUUGGGCUAUCAACGAAAUGUUGGUUGAGAUGUAGAUCUUACCAUUCACAGUAGAAGUGAGGGCUAUUGUCUGAUGUGUAAAUACGUAUUGUAAUUUAAUUUCUUUUAUAGUUAAAAUGACUGUUGAAAUCUUUUUAAAAAUGACUUGUAAAUGAUGCAUUGCUGUAUUUGGAAACAUAUGAACCUGUUUUUUUUUUAACUUGUUUGCAGUAAAUAUGUCCUGCUUAGUUGGUCAUGUUGUAUUGUCAAUGUUAUAAGGGAGUUAUUUUGUGCUGAAAAAAUACCCUAGUUUGAUCUGUUUGGUUAUGUAUUGUUGUUUAUAUUCACUCAUGCUUCAACAAACUGUAUGUUACACACAAUGGUUUUUAAAUAUGACCCAAAACAGAUAAACUAUACUUUGGGAAAACUUA